GCGUUUUAUAGAAGAUUAUUGUUUAGGCGGGCUGACGCCUGCACCAAUUUUUUGAAUGCUUUGAUCAAUAUUUUGAAAAUUGGUUUAGAAAAAUUAUUUCGUUUAAACCUGAUUUUUCCGCCUAGGCACUGCCUAGACCGAUUUUUAGAACAAUGGUUGUUAUUAAUUAGAGAUGUUAAUGAGCAGGCUGUUCAUGAUGGAGUUGAUAUCCUGAGCCUCUCCGUAGGUCCCAACAGUCCUCCAACAACUACCAAGACAACGUUCUUGAAUCCAUUCGAUGCUACACUUCUUGGAGCUGUAAAAGCUGGCGUCUUCGUUGCUCAAGCUGCUGGAAACGGAGGCCCAUUUCCAAAGACUUUGGUUUCUUAUAGCCCUUGGAUAAUGACCGUCGCAGCUGCUAUUGAUGACCGUAGAUACAAAAAUCAUCUCACCCUUGGAAAUGGAAAAAUGCUGGCAGGAAUGGGAUUGUCACCAUCAACUCGGCCUCACAAGAUGUACACUUUGGUUUCUGCAAAUGAUGUUCUGCUUGACUCGUCUGUGUCCAAGCAUAAUCCAUCUGAGUGUCAAAGACCAGAAGUCUUUAACAAGAAACUGGUUGAAGGAAAGAUUCUUCUCUGUGGAUAUUCUUUCAACUUCGUUGUUGGUACAGCUUCCAUCAAGAAAGUUGUUGCAACAGUGAAGCAUCUCGGAGCUGCUGGUUUUGUUCUUGUUGUCGAAAACGUUUCUCCAGGAACAAAAUUUGAUCCUGUUCCUUCUGCUGUCCCAGGAAUCCUUAUUACAGAUGUGUCUAAGUCAAUGGAUUUGAUUGAUUACUACAACGUUAGUACAUCAAGAGACUGGACAGGGAGGGUUAAAAGCUUUAACGCUCAGGGAAGUAUAGGAGAUGGUUUAGCACCUGUUCUUCACAAAUCAUCACCUCAAGUGGCAUUGUUCUCAGCUAGAGGACCUAACACCAAAGACUUUAGCUUUCAAGACGCUGAUCUUCUUAAACCGGAUAUUCUUGCACCCGGUUAUCUAAUAUGGGCUGCUUGGUGUCCUAAUGGAACAGACGAGGCUAAUUAUGUUGGGGAAGGGUUUGCGCUAAUAUCAGGAACCAGCAUGGCUGCACCACACAUAG